AUCAAGCAACUAACAGCUCAAUUUGGGGUACAGAUUAAAAAACUACGGCCAACAAAAAUCAUUGGAAGUUGUUACUUUGACAAUUGGCAUGCAAAAAUGAAUAUAUAAUUUAAUACAUUAACUCAAUUAUUUGUGAGCAUUGACAUUUGAAGGUGCAGUUUUAAUUAGUGAACGAUAAAGACCAAAGAGACAGAUCAACCAAUUAAGUGCAGCUAUACAAAAGUCAAAGUCAACGAGAAAGUAAGAAGGUUGUAGUUUGAUGCACGUCUCCUCUUUUUUUUUUUUUUUUUUUUUUUUUGAACACACGUCUCCUUUAAUUAUUCCUCGUUUUUCCACGUCAACUAAGAUUACAGCGUGUUCUUUUGAAUUGAGUCAGUCAACGGGUUUGUGAGCAUCAUCAACGCUCAAGCUAUUUAAAUUAGGUUGUUAGGAUCUUUUUUUGUCUAAAAAAAAAAAAUAGAGAACCAUGGGCUGUCACGUGUGGUGGGGCCCACGAACAAGCCAAAACCUCUCCAAAACUCGCCUCUUACGUAGGAGGAGGAAGAAACAAGUUUUAAAAAUGGUGUGGAGCCUACUGAUUUUUUAAUAUUUUUUUUCUUAGAAUCUAAGGCUCAGGCGAGCAUGUUUAUCCGGGGUCCUUAGUGAGGUUCUUAGUGCGUGGACCCCUACAAAACCUUUAAGAAUCGGUUAUAAAAACUACUAAUUAAGAACCGAUUUUAGUGAGUUUCUUACACUGUUCGCGAGCCACACUGACUCGUGGCGAUCCGCGAUUGGUUUGCUUUUUUAUUUUUAUUUUUUUUUUAACAAAGAAAAUCUAAUAAACCCAUUUGGGUUUCUAAACAUGCUCUAAACCUCUUGUAAUUUCUUUCUCAAGUACUUGACUUUUUUUUUUUUUUGAAACACCGGGUAAAUGAAACACCGGGUAAACGAUUACGUCUCCUUUUCUCAAGUACUUGACUUAUAAAAUCAUUUUGCACCGCGAAAACAUAUGGUGUUAAAAAAAAAGAACCGUGAAAACAUAUUAUUAUUUGACCCACAUCAUUAAUCUUAGUUGACUUAGGACUUUUAAGAAGUCGCUUAUAUAAUCAUAAGCUCAAAUGCAUAUCUUGAUAUAUAAAAAUAAAAGGAUCUCUCCUUUGGACAUUAAGGAGAAAAAUGGAGAGACGUUGUAUGUUCAUUUCCAGUUUUGUGCUGAUAGUUCAGCUUGUUCAAGCUCAAGAUCCCACCGGAUUCAUUAAUGUGGAUUGCGGUUUACCCCUUCGUGAGUCUCCUUACAACUCACUCCCAACCGGUUUAGCAUAUACAUCAGAUGCCGAUUUAGUUAAGAGUGGAAAAACUAGUAGAAUCGCCAAGGAGUUUGAACCGGACUACACUAAGCCGAUUUUGAAACUAAGAUAUUUUCCAGACGGAUUACGAAACUGCUACAAUCUAAAUGUUACCCGGGACACCAAGUAUCUGAUUAAGGCCACAUUCGUAUAUGGAAAUUAUGAUGGUCUUAAUGUCGAUCCAAACUUUGACCUUUACUUGGGUCCGAACUUAUGGACAACAAUGAGCAGUAAUGAUACUAUAGAGGAGAUCAUCCAUGUGACGCAAACCGACUCUUUACAGGUAUGUCUUGUUAAGACAGGAAUUAGUAUACCCUUUAUAAAUGUCUUGGAGCUACGACCAUUGAAGAAAGGUAUGUACGUUACUCAAAGCGGCUCACUUAAAUACGAAUUCAGGAGGUAUCUUAGCAACUCAGAUCGUAAUAUACGGUACCCGGAUGAUAUAUAUGAUCGUAAAUGGUACCCGAUGUUCGUGGCGAACUCCUGGACACAAGUAACUACAAAUUUGAAUGUAAAUUCUAGUAAUCUUUAUGAACUGCCAAAAGGUGUAAUGUCAACGGGAGUAACGCCCCUAAACCCUAACGCGACAUUAAACAUUACAUGGACUAUAGAGCCAUCUACUACGAAGUUUUAUUCCUACAUGCACUUUGCCGAGCUUCAGACCCUAAGGGCCAACGAUACAAGAGAAUUCAAUAUAACAAUGAAUGGGAAAAUUUCAUAUGGACCAUAUAGUCCUAAGCCGCUAAAGACCCAAACCAUAUUCGACAUAACACCAGAGCAAUGCGAUGGAGGGGCAUGCCUUUUGCAGCUUCUGAAGACGUCCAAAUCAACUCUUCCACCUCUCCUGAAUGCUAUCGAGGCUUUCACCGUGAUUGAUUUCCCGCAAAUGGAGACAAAUGAAGAUGACGUUGCUGGUAUCAAGAAUGUUCAAGAUAUUUAUGGAUUAAAUAGAAUCAGUUGGCAAGGAGAUCCAUGUGUACCCAAACAAUUUUUGUGGGAUGGUCUAAACUGCAAUAACUCAGAUAUUUCGACUCCACCAAUAAUCACUUCCUUAGAUUUAUCUACAAGUGGAUUAACCGGGAUCAUCACACAAGCCAUUCAAAAUCUUACCCACCUUGAAAAAUUGGACUUGUCAAAUAACAAUUUGACUGGAGAAAUACCUGGAUUUCUAGCUGACAUAAAAUCACUCUUGGCCAUAGACUUAAGUGGUAAUAACUUAACUGGAUCGGUCCCUCGCUCACUUCUUCAGAAGAAAGGAAUGAAGUUAAAUGUUGAAGGAAACCCUCAUCUUCUUUGCACAGCUGGUUCAUGUGUGAACAAAAGAAAGGAUGGACAUAAGAAAAAGAGUAUCAUUGUACCAGUGGUUGCAUCAAUUGCUUCAGUAGCUGUUAUUAUUGGUGCAUUCGUCAUGUUCCUUGUUCUCAGAAAGAAAAAAGCAUCAAAAUUUGAAGGGCCACAACCCUCAUAUAUUCAAGCGUCAGAUGGUAGAUCAUCAGAACCGGCAAUUAUGACAGAAAAUAAAAGGUUUAGUUACUCAGAAGUUAUGACAAUGACAAAUAACUUCCAAAGAAUCCUUGGGAAAGGAGGGUUUGGAAUUGUAUAUUAUGGUUUUGUGAAUGAUACAAAACAAGUAGCAGUUAAGAUACUUUCCCAUUCAUCAUCUCAAGGGUAUAAACAGUUCAAAGCUGAGGUCGAACUUCUUCUUAGAGUUCAUCACAAGAACUUGGUCAAUCUUGUUGGGUAUUGCGACGAAGGAGAGAACAUGGCUCUUAUCUAUGAAUACAUGUCCAAUGGAGAUUUAAAGGAACAUAUGUCAGGAACACGUAACCGUUUUAUUUUGAAUUGGGGAACUCGACUUAAAAUAGUUUCUGAAUCGGGACAAGGACUUGAGUACUUACAUAAUGGAUGCAAACCACCAAUGGUUCAUAGAGAUGUCAAAACCACAAAUAUAUUGUUGAAUGAACACUUUGAGGCCAAGCUUGCUGAUUUUGGUCUUUCAAGAUCAUUCCCAAUCGAAGGUGAAACUCAUGUGUCGACAGUUGUUGCUGGAACUCCUGGAUAUCUUGAUCCUGAAUACUAUAGAACAAAUUGGCUGACAGAAAAGAGUGAUGUUUAUAGUUUUGGGAUAGUAUUGUUGGAGAUCAUCACAAACCAACCUGUGAUAGACCAAAGCCGUGAAAAGCCACAUAUAGCAGAAUGGGUGGGGUUAAUGCUUACAAAAGGAGACAUCAUAAGCAUUAUGGAUCCCACUCUAAAUGGAGAUUAUGAUUCUGGUUCUGUGUGGAAAGCUGUUGAACUAGCAAUGUCUUGUCUAAAUCCUUCUUCAGCGAGAAGACCUACGAUGUCGCAAGUUGUUAUCGGAUUGAAUGAAUGUCUUGCAGCUGAAAAUUCAAGGGGAGGUGCCAGUAGGGACAUGGACUCGAAGAGUUCUAUAGAAGUGAGCUUGACUUUUGGUACUGAAGUGAGCCCAAGGGCUAGGUAGAUUAUAUGUUUUUUACUACGGAACUAUCUUCAUAUUUCUGUGUCGGAUGUCUCCUUUAUUUAACUUCUGUUAUCGAUACUUUGCGACUUAAAAGUUUAGAGUCGCUUUAAGUUCAUGUGUUAUGUGUUGUUUGACAAAUAGAGUGUUACUCUUGUUCUUGAAGAAGAAGUUAAAUGUUAUGUAAGGAGAUCAAGGUUAAAGAGCCAUACAAAAAUUCACAAAAAAAGUAGAAUGGAGAAGGUCUCAACAGAGUGGCAAAGUAAACAUAUAUUAUCAAGACAUAAACAGAGAAAAUAGAGGAAACGAGUACUUAGGAUUCAUCAAUGGGGAAUGCGAUUUACCCUCUCGUGACUCUCCUUACAAAGCACAAACCAGUUAAGCAUAUACAUCAGAUGCUGAUUUAGUCGAAAAAAAUCGACUGACCCACACAAAUAGACCACCGAAAGUCAUCCGUAAAAGUCUUCCAAUUGUUGGUUUAUUAGUAGAUGACAUGUUCCGGUUUCAAAGAUUCAAACGACAACCAGAACCACCAGUUAUAUUAUAAAUUAUGAGCCACUGUCAAAGUUCUUAAAUUUGAUGUGAACAUAUAAAACACCAAACAAGAGAGCGCUAACAAAGUGAAGGUCAACGCCUAGUUCCAUCAUCUAAGGUUUUUUUUUUUCCUUUAGCUCAUCAUAUAAGGUCUUCGUUAUGAUGGUGCAUACACAUAUACACAUAUGAUGUACUAGAUGAUUUUCUUCAUGCACAUGUAUUAAUAUUUACAAAGUGAUCAAAUCAUAGUAAUUGCUUUAUGUCAUAUUUCAAUUUAAAAUUAUUUUGUAGUUUUUUUUACAGUUUUGUAUUUUAUUUAUAUAUGAUUAUUUUAAAUAGUAUUAUAUUUUUCUUCUAAAUAGAUAUGUGAUUUUGUGUACUGAAUAUUUCGUUGGUUCAGUAUUCAUUUGAUUAUAUUAGAUUAUAUAUAAUUUUCCAAGUUAAACAAUAUUUUAUGGCUCAAAAAAGAUUUAGAGUUUUGAUUAAUUUUGUUAGUUAAAUUUAUUUUGGUUUAUUAACUUGUAUUUGUAAAUUGUUUUAAUGAAAAUAACAGUAUUUUAUAUAUGUUUUUUGAGAAACUAAUUAAAGUGGGAUCAAUUCAGAGUUACAUAAAAAUAUGAGCAUAACAAUAAUCUGUUGAAAACUCACUGACAUAUAUAAAUUCUAUAAAACGAAUCUCAAUUAAAAUAAUUGGUUAAUAAUAUUUUUAUUUAUUUAUACGUUUUUAGUCAUUUCAGAAUUCUGUUUAUAAAAUAAAUAAAAUAUUACUAUACAUAAUAAUAUGUUGAUAUAUUAGUUAGACCAUUGAUUUUAAGUAUAAGAAUUUAUAUUGGUCCGGUUAACAGUAUUACUUAGACCACUAAUUUUGAGUAUAUUAAUCACAUUUAUAUUUGAUGAAAUAUAUAAUAAAACCGGGUUAGUUAGGACUUAGGAAAAUUGCAUCUAGUUCAGUUAUGCAAAAAAAGAAAUAAAAAAAUUCUUAAUUAUGGUAAGUAUAAUAAAGUUUUAGCUUAUUAAGAAUAUUGGUUUAUGUUAAUUAUUUUUGUUUUUGUUUUUGUGAUAAUCUGAUAAAAGGUAUUGAUAGAGAACAUACAUUCAGUCUUUUAAUAUCUAUUAUGUUGUUUGAGUUAUAUUUUGAGGGGGAAAUUUUUAUUUUUUAUUUUUUGUCAUCGAAGGGGAAAU